CUGUCCAUGCUGGCUGUGGCUGUCCCCACGAGGCUGCUGUCGCGUGCCUGGGGGCGUCUCCACGGCCUGGCGCUGCCCGCGUGCCUGCGGGCGCCCCUGCUGGGCCUCUUCGUGUGGGCAUUCCACGUUGACAUGGCCGAGGCCGAGGAGGGCGACCUUCGGCGCUACCCUAACCUGGGGGAGCUCUUCCGCAGGCCCCUACGAGCCGGGGCUCGUCCAAUCAGCAGGCGGCAUUCGCUGGUGUCACCUGCGGACGGCCGCGUGCUGCACCUGGGCCGCGUGGGGCCUGACGGCCUCCUGGAGCAGGUGAAGGGGGUCACCUACAGCCUGGACGCCUUCCUGGGCCCGCGUGGAUCACUGGACAGCGGGCAGCCCACACACCCAGGCAGUGGUGAGCGUCUGUCCGUGAGUCCGGGCCACGAGCUGUUCCACUGCGUGGUUUACCUGGCGCCAGGCGACUACCACCACUUCCACUCACCCGCCCAAUGGACUCUACAGCACCGCAGGCACUUCCCUGGCCUCCUGGUGCCCGUGAGUCCGCGCGUGUCCCGCCGCCUGCCCGGCCUCUACUGCCUCAACGAGCGCGUGGUGCUGACGGGCCGCUGGGCCCACGGAUUCCUCGCCCUCGCUGCCGUGGGAGCCACCAACGUGGGCUCCAUACGGGUCUACACAGACCAG